UGUGACAUAAAAUAUUUAUAUGUGUCCUAUCAGCGUAAAUAAUAAUAAAAUUAUGUUUGUAGUCAAGGAAAAGCACCCAACAGUUGUAAAUCAAUAUAAUAAUGCCAAGAUAAUUCACAUGUUGCCACACUAGUUAUUGCUGUCAAUAAAGCCGACCAAAUGUCAGGAGCUUCAGAACAAAACAUUCGCGGGAGACUGUAGUAUCGCAGUUGCUCGAAGUCAUCGAAAGUUUAUAAAACUUUUUAAAUAAUUUAAUAUAAAUUAUCUCGUCUAAUAUUUAAAAAUGAGUGACAUUAUAACUGUGGUAGCUCCAGUCAACAUUGCUGUGAUAAAAUAUUGGGGUAAACGUGACGAAGACUUAAUAUUACCGUUAAAUGAUUCCGUUAGUGGCACCUUAGAUACAAAUAUUAUGUGCGCCAAGACAUCAGUCUGUGCUAGACCAGAAUUUGAAGAAGAUGAAAUAUGGUUAAAUGGAAAGAAAGAGUCUUUUUCUAGUCCCCGCAUAAGAAAUUGUCUCAAAGAAAUUAAAGCCAGAGCAUCAGCCGAAAAGUGUGUCAGUGAUGAUUUCUUGAAAUGGAAAGUGCAUGUUUGUUCCGAAAACAAUUUUCCUACUGCGGCAGGCUUGGCUUCUUCUGCCGCUGGCUACGCUUGUCUUGUGACAGCACUGGCGAAACUUUACAAAGUUAAGUCCAAUGUGAGUUCCAUUGCAAGAUUGGGGUCAGGAAGUGCUUGCAGAAGUGUGUAUGGUGGUUUCGUCAGAUGGCAUGCAGGCAAAUCUGCAGAUGGAUCUGAUUCUGUUGCAACACAAAUAGUAGACUCUACCCACUGGCCAGAAAUGCGGGCUCUUAUUUUAGUAGUUGGUGACACGAAAAAGAAAACCAGCUCCACCAUUGGUAUGAAAAUAUCAACACAGACCUCAGAAUUACUUAAACAUAGAGUUAAGUACUGUGUACCACAAAGAACAGAAGAUAUCAUUGAAGCAAUAAAGAAUAAAGACUUCCCUAAAUUUGCUGAAAUUACUAUGAGAGACAGUAAUCAGUUCCAUGCAGUGUGUUUGGAUUCCUAUCCACCAUUUGUCUACAUGACUGAAGUGUCUCAUCUGAUAAUUGAACUAAUUCAUAAGUAUAAUGAUUUGUAUGGCACUAAGGUUGCUUACACAUUUGAUGCAGGACCAAAUGCCUGCCUUUACCUACUGGAAAAUGAAGUGCCUAAAAUAAUAUCAUUGAUAAAGCAUGUUUUCCCUUCUUCAAAUCCUGACAGUUUUAUUACUGGUCUGCAGUGUAAUGAAGAGAUUUUAAAUUCCCAGCUUACAAGUAUAAAGCCACAUGCCAAAGAUCUGAUAAAGUAUGUAAUUCAUACUAAAGUUGGUGAGGGACCAACGGAAGUGUUGGAUGGAUCGCAUCUCUUGAAUGACAAAGGUUUUCCAAAGAUGUAACAUUUAACCCUAUGACAUACUUAACAGCUAUUGAAUCUGGUAUUCAAUAGUAUUUCUUAUUCAUGAAAGAAUAUUUUAUGAUAAUAAUGAAUUCAAGAGCUGAAUAUUAUUAAGUUUUAUGUAGGUAUACUGGUGCUGUAGAAUAAUUUAAUAUGAAUUGACUCCAUUGUUAAGUUCAAAGGUCUAGACAGCUUUAUCCAUAGGUAAACCCACAUGAAUACAUGUGUGAAGGUAUUGCUGGGCAGUUUCAGUAGUGAUGCUGACUGUAUAUUAUUUUCCAUGGAAAUUGUGGCUGUUGUAUUUGGGGUGUGGUGUUUUUCAUUACUUUUAGUGAAAGAGGUAUUCUUUGCUGUUUAGUAGCUCUCAAUUUAUGACUAUGUAAAGCUUUUCGUAUUUACCUAUUGUAAUUGUGUAUUUUAUGAUAAAAUAUUUACUAAAGAUGUAUUAAUUGAUGUACUAUUUGUCAUUGUCAUAUCUCGAAUAUUAUAAUAUAUUUAUGUUGGAGUAAGAAAAAUAUUUCUGUAUA